AGAGCACUGCAUUCUAAAGCGAAUACAGUCGAUUGCGGGCAAUGAGUGCCGUUCUCAGAUUUUGGAGCUGCGUUUGGUUCUGUUUCUGUCUGCUCUGCGAAUCAAUCGAAUUCAAUGAAAAGAAAUUGCACGAUCUCUCUAAAAGUUCAGAUAUCGAUGGCAAUGGGAUCGGCAAAAAUAAAGAUCCGGUCGCCUUCCAAGAAAUCGAAGUUAAUUCACUGCUUACAGAGUAUUUGGAGUCACCGCUAGGCGUCGACAAGGAUGUUCCUCGUGUCUCCUGGCAAAUCCAGACCAAAACCAGCGAUGACCAAAAGCACGGUUUCACGGCCGAUGCUGUUGCGACCGGGAAUGUUCGUCGCCAAGUCUUUCAGGAUUCAUACCAAUUGCAUGUGUCGACUUCAUCAGCGUCGUCGAGGUGGAAGGAUUGCGGGUGGGUUGCAUCGAACGAGACUAGUUUGGUUCCAUUGGAAUGCAAGGGUCUGACCCCAAUAUCCACGAGUGACAUGAAUGUUUCGUGGAAGGUCUCCGUCAGGCUCGACGAUGGCUCGGUGAUCGAAUCGGCGGUUGCCUUCUUUCGAACGGGUAUCUUCGGUCCGUGGGAUGCCCAGUGGAUCAGCGGGGGUGGUUGGGACAACACCGACGAGAAGGAACGAACUCUUUUCCGCAAGGAAUUUUCGGCAGGCGCUUCCAACGCUGGCGCUGUUCCCACCAAAAACCAGCCCGCCCGUCCUCAUGCUACAUUGUUUGUGGCGGGACUGGGAUACAACCACGUCUAUUUGAAUGGAGUUCGAGUCGGGGAUCAUGAAUUGGAUCCUGGAUGGACGAACUACACAAAACGGGUAUGGUAUUCGACUUACGAUGUGACGGACCUAGUUCGAUUCGCGGAUGCCGAGGAAGGGGCUUCGAAUGACGAUUUCAACGACGACGAUACGAACAAUGUCGUAGCCGUCAUGCUUGGCAAUGGCUGGUGGAGUUGCGGGCCACCACCAGGAACGGGACAAGAUUACUGCACAAGUGAUCCACCACAAUUUAUUUUGCAGUUGCACAUUGACGGACAACCCGUUCUCGUAUCCGACGAGACGUGGCUAGCUUCGGCCGAUAGCCCGAUUCUCUACAACUCCCUAUACAACGGAGAAAUCUACGACUCCAGGAUCGCCAAACGCAUUCGAGGUUGGAAUACUCUGCACUACGAUGACUCUGAUUGGGAGGUAGCAACAUUAGCAACAAAUGAUGCAACUAUGGCCACCCUGGCCUCCCAGCUCUUCGAGCCUAUUCGUCACAUAUCAUCCAGAAGACCAAUCUCCAUUGUGGUUGCUGGCAAAGGCGACAAUCUUACCCAGGUAGUUGAUUUUGGUCAGAACCAGGCAGCAGUGGUGCGAUUGAAACACUUCGUUUGCCCCGCUGGGACUACGAUUGCAUUGCGGCAUGCGGAACUCAUCAUGCAUCCACCCUACGGGGAAUACGACAAUGCCACCAUUUACGUUGAAAAUCUGAGAACCGCGAAACCGAACGACUACUAUAUUUGUAAUGGCGAUCCGAAGGGAGAGUCCUACAUUCCAUCUUUUACACAACACGGUUUCCGGUACGUGGAGAUCACUGGUCUAAACUAUACACUGGAUCCUACAGACGUCGAAGCAGUUGAGCUACACACGGAUGUCAAACAAACAUCCUUCAUUCAGUUUGCCGAUCCGUUGCUGAAUCAGAUCCAACACAUGGUGAUGUGGGGACUCAAAAGCAAUUUUAUGAGCGUCCAAACAGAUUGCAAUCAGCGCGACGAGCGAAAAGGGUGGAUGGGAGACGCUGCGUUGACUGCCGAAGCAGCCGUUUUGAGCUACGGAAUGGGAGCUUUUUACACUCACUGGCUGGUGAGUACAGGUCUUGGUCUCUCUUCUUUCGUUCAUAUCUUAUUUCUAGGUUGCCUAUACCAAGUUUGUACCUCACACGUAUUUCUCUUGCCGACUUCCAGAUGCAAAUGGUUGAGAAUCAGAGUCCCGAUGAUGGUAGUAUGCCCAAUAUAGUACCCCCAAUGGGCAGAAUAGAAGGUGCUCCCAACUGGCAAACGGCUUAUCCGAUGAUUCUAUGGGUCAUGAUGACGUACUACGGAGAUCGUCAGCUCAUCUUCCAGCACCACAACUCUUUAGUGAGGUAUUUCGACUUUUUGGAGGCAAGCUACAAUAAAAAUGGUUUGAAAAACUUUCGGACCGGAUUCGGAGAUUGGGGUACGUUAAUAUACAUCAUACAACCUCAAACCUCAAAAAAUCAGAUAGCAUUGUGCUCACAGGAUUCAAUAUAUUUGAUGUUGUCAUUUCUUUCUUGAAAAGUGCCACCAUGGCCUCAUCCGAAAACCGAUCUACACUUCAUGGGAGCAUUUGCAUUUUUGGGAGACCUCAAGCUAGGUAUAGAUAUCUUUCAAUACUCAGAUCACCCAGAUUCUGACACCCAGGUUGAACGCUUGACCA